CACUUCCAGGGGAGCUUUUUCUGCCUCUUUGCCUAGGAGCUCCACAAGGCUCCUGUUAUUUAAGCAUUGUAGAAGUGAUCCCGCCCAGUGAGGUCAUCAGGUGGCUGGCAGCCCGCUGCCCUUUGGGGUGCUUAGUGCUGGGACAUUCACUCUCAUCAAGCUCCCUGAGGAACAAGCUCUUUUAUUUGGAACCAAACUGAAUGACUUUUGAGGAUUAAAAGGCCAAAGACUGAGCUUAGUUCCCAGCUCAAGUCUCUCUAACUCAGGCUGUAGGUUAUUUUGGUAGAUUUUCUCACUACUUGAGGGCUAUGAAGUUGGUUUUCGUGCUGAAAGACACAAGACUCAAUGGAGGUAGGUGCAGAGGGCCUGAUCUAUACCCUUCUGUGUCCCUGACCCAUGGGCAGUCCUGUUGAGGAAGAAGUGAGGAAUUAACACGUAUCUUGCAUCUGCUGCAGUCCUGGACUGCCUUAGGUGCUGGGGAUGCAGUAUGAGCAAGACAGUCGGGCAGUUCCCUUCACAGAGCUCAUGAGCUACUGUGGGGAGAAAGCCUUGGAUAAGAGUUUGAAGAGGAGCACCGUCUGGUGCUAUGGAUGCGUUUUAUGGGAAGGUUUAACUAGGUCUGAGCCAUCAGGGAAGGUGUCCCCGCGGAAUAAUAAUGAUACUAAACCCUAAGCUCUUAUUGUGGGCCAUUUCUUUAUGUGAGUUUAUACAUAAUUUUCAUAGCAACCCCGUGAGGUAGGUGGUAGUUAUUUUACAGAUGAGGAAACAAAGAAGAUUAAAUAUUCUGCCCAAGGUGACAAAGCUACGAGGUGGCAGAGCUGAGAUUCAAACCCAUAUAGUGCUGGAGUGAGGGUCUUUAGCCUUUGCACUCUGCCGUCCCUCCUUUCAACUGUGACUUGACAGAUGAGUAGGUGUCAGGCAGGUGAGGCGUGGGGAGCUACACGUGAAAAAGCCCUGUGAUGGGAGCCUGGUGGGUAUGAGCAACCGAGACGAGCAGGGCUGGAGCAAAGAGAAUGAGGGGAGGUGGCUGCCAGGUCACAGAGACCUUGCUUUAGGAGUUUGGACUUUAUUCUCAGGACAUCCAGGAUCUCCUCGACGGGAUUUGAGCAGGGGAAUAACGAUCAGAUUUGUGUGUGAAGAGACCACUGGAGAAGACUGGCAGGCAAGACUUGGAGGAGAUAAGGCUGGAAUCCAAAGAAUUGCAAUAAGCGAGAACACAAAGAUUACGAGAUAUGAGAGCUGGGUUGUUCUCCUCAGGGACAAAAGGAAUCAGAGGUAAAACACAAAAUCCUGUACCCAAAAUCUCCUUGGCUUUCACAAUAUUCAUGCCAUCUCUCUCCUGGCCAGAGCCCAUGCUUGCCAUCCAAACCAUCAGUUUUAACUGUGCAGAUGACAAUUGGAAGCCAUUUAGGUUGGGUCUAGCAUUUGCCAUGGAUGAGAUGUCAGGACUCCUGUUCUUCAAAAUGAAGUUCUCAUUAGCAAAGUUCUCCACCUAGAUAGACUUGCUGCUGGUACUCUUAUGAUAAACCCAGAAAUAAGUCUGGGAAAGCAAUAAUCCUUCUAACCAAAUCUCAUCUUCCCAGUGCUCAGAGAACUGAAGUUUUCUGCUUUGGAACAUUGUCUACAAACAGCUUGAAGAAGACCUGGCCCAAGAACUUGCCUGUCAUGGCCAUGUCUGUACAUGGACUCGGCAAGCCAGCAACAUCGAAUGAGAGUCAGCAAAGAGUCCAGUAGGAUCUUAUUUAAGUUCUUCCACAACAGCCUCAUGAGGUCGACUCAGCCCUGGCCCAAGCUGGUCCUCAGAAAAAGGAGGCUCCCCUGCCUCCAGGCAGGAGGGGUGAAACCACACAUCUCUCCACUUCACCCUUAAUAUGGAAUUUUUAAAGAAAUCAGUGAGUGUUCCUGGACCCUCGGCAAGCACUAUCGCUUCUCCAUCGAGUCCGACGUGCCAACAGAGGCCUCCUGGAGGAGAUGCGCAAGGGCAACCUGGAGCGAGAGUGCGUGGAGGAGCUGUGCAACUAUGAGGAGGCCUUUGAGGCCCUGGAGUCCUCCAGCGCCACGGAUGCGUUCUGGGCCAAGUACACAGCUUGUGAGUUGGUGAGGAAACCUCGAGAAAAGCUCGUGGAAUGUCUGGAAGGUAACUGUGCCGAAGGUCUGGGUAUGAACUACCGAGGGAAUGUGAGUGUCACCCGGUCAGGCAUUGAGUGCCAGCUAUGGAGGAGUCGCUACCCACAUAAGCCUGAAAUCAACUCUACCACCCACCCUGGGGCUGACCUGCAGGAGAAUUUCUGCCGCAACCCGGAUAGCAGCAGCACUGGGCCUUGGUGCUAUACUUCAGACCCCACCGUGCGGAGGGAGGAGUGCAGCAUCCCUGUCUGUGGCCAAGGGGGUGUCACUGUGGCGCUGACCCCACGCUCCAAAGGCCUCACCGUGAAUGUGUCACCUCCAUCUGAGCUGUGUGUCCCUGAGCGUGGCCGGCAUUACCAGGGGCGCCUGGCGGUGACCAUGUAUGGGUCCCCCUGCCUGGCCUGGGACAGCUGGCAGGCCAAGGCCCUGAGCAAGGACCAAGACUUCAGCCCGGCUGUGCCGCUGCUGGAGAACUUCUGCCGCAACCCAGACGGGGACGAGGAGGGCGCAUGGUGCUACGUGGGCGGGAAGCCUGGCGACUUCGAGUACUGCGACCUCGACUACUGUGAGGAGGAGCCGAUAGAGGAGGAGACUGGCGACGGGCUGGGCGAGGACCCGGACGCGGCCAUCGAGGGGCGCACCACCACCGAGGACUUCCAGCCCUUCUUCAAUGAGAAGACCUUCGGCGCGGGGGAGGCAGACUGUGGGCUGCGGCCUCUGUUCGAAAAGAAGUUGCUGGAGGACGAAACGGAACAGGAGCUGCUGGAGUCCUAUAUCGAGGGGCGCAUCGUGGCGGGCCGGGACGCGGAGAAGGGCCUGGCGCCCUGGCAGGUGAUGCUUUUCCGGAAGAAUCCUCAGGAGCUGCUGUGUGGGGCUAGCCUCAUCAGUGACCGCUGGGUCCUCACUGCUGCCCACUGUCUCCUGUACCCGCCUUGGGACAAGAAUUUCACUGAGAAUGACCUUCUAGUGCGCAUUGGCAAGCAUUCCCGCACCAGGUAUGAGCGAGGCAUUGAAAAGAUCUCCAUGCUGGAAAAGAUCUACAUCCACCCCCGGUACAACUGGCGGGAUAUCCUGGACCGCGACAUCGCCCUGCUGAAGCUCAGGAAGCCCAUUUCCUUCAGCGACUACAUCCACCCCGUGUGCCUCCCUGACAAGCAGACGGCAGCCAGGUUGCUCCAGGCUGGAUACAAAGGGCGGGUGACCGGCUGGGGCAACCUGAGGGAGACAUGGACAGCCAGUGCUAGUGAUACGCAGCCCAGUGUCCUGCAGGUGGUGAAUGUGCCCAUCGUGGAACGCCCAGUCUGCAAGGCAUCCACCCGGAUCCGCAUCACUGACAACAUGUUCUGUGCUGGUUACAAGCCCGAUGAAGGGAAACGAGGGGAUGCUUGUGAAGGUGACAGUGGGGGACCCUUUGUCAUGAAGAGCCCCUUUAACAAACGCUGGUAUCAAAUGGGCAUCGUCUCAUGGGGCGAAGGCUGUGACAGGGAUGGAAAAUAUGGCUUCUACACACAUGUGUUCCGCCUGAAGAAGUGGAUACAGAAGGUCAUUGAUCGGCUUGGAAGUUAGGGGGCCACCCACAUUCCAGGCUCCUCACUGCGAAAUCAGAGAAAGCAAUCCAGUGAAAGAAUUAUUUUUGUGGUUUGUUCCCAAAAACUAUAGUUCUCAAUAAAAACUAUAUCUCUGAGCCUCAGUGCUCCCAGUGCUGUUCAUGGGCAGCUCAGGCAAGGCCAGUACCACUAUUGGAUAAAGAGGACUUAAUAGAAUCCACUACCCCCUAGAUCAGGGCCAGGUGAGAGUUAAGAUAUAUUUACGAAUGUACCUUAUCACUUGUUAUUUAGAUCACUUAUAUUCCUAUUUUCAGUUCAUCUGAUCUGUCUUGUACAUAUUGCUAUUAUUCCUGUUAGGUGCCUUUAUUCUCAGGGGGAACUAGGUAUUACAGCCCACGGUAGGUGUGGAAGCGAGUUUCAGCUGGUGUGGAAUGUUAAUCGGUUGGUAACUACCUGGAGGACUGUGUUCAGAAGAGUCAGUCUGAGCUUGGAGGGGAAGAGUGAAGCCUGAAUGCUGUGGGGACAGGACAGAGGAGUGGAGCAUGGAUGCCACGUGGUUACAAUUCCUGGCCCAGAUCUUCAACUAAGAUCUUUAAAAUUCAUGGUUUAAUGCAGGAAGGGACCUCAGGUAGGUACCUUUACCCCUAGCCCUUCCACUUUCCCAUUUUCAAUACAUCAGGUAACAGAAUUAGGACCAAGUUCCUUGCCCUCAUUCUUUGGUUCUGGUUGACUAGAAAGCAGUGUAAAAACUGGGAAUUCAGUGAGCUUGCAGGAACUUGGCAGCCCAGAACUUUAACUAGAGCAGGGAGAAGGGAUUAGGAAUUACAAUACCCCAAAUCUUUUUAAACCAGGGUACACAUUCUCACAAGACUGCUUCCCUCCAACACAGCUGUCAGCAUUGUAAGCUCUGGGCACUUUGUUUUUUCAUAUUAGUUGUGCUAAUUCUAGACCCAAGCACAGCCAUUAUUUCUAAAUAUGUUCUAUAGCAGUGAACUCCUCCAUCCUCCCUUCAGUGAACGCCUACUCCCAUGGGCGAGAGGCAAGUUUAAUUUCAGGCUGCGUAGGGGCCACCUGAAAAUCACGACUGGAAGCAAGAGAGGAUUCAUUUUCCAUCAACUUUACAUUUUCUUCAACUGCUGUUCAAAAAAUGAAGUCUACAAAAAUUCCUUUGAACUUAAUUAUUGCCCCAAAAGUCUCCCAUCUGAAUCCAGAACCUUAGUACUGAGGUGUUUCUGACUGGAAGGAGGCCCUGGGGAAUUGAUUCCAGAGGUGACUCCUCAGUUCAUUUUCUGGUCCUCAUGCAGACUGAUGGGAAGCAGCUGCUAGUCUGGACUCAGACUCUGAUAACAAGGCAGGAAGCCCCUAAGCAAUCCUGUAUUCCUUUAGGCUAACGACCUCAAAUCAGAUCACUAUCCCUGGUCACGAUCUCACGUGCAUUUGGGCAGCAAAGUGGCAGGACGCCAAGAGCUCCUUGGAACCACAGUUAUAAUGGGAGGAAGCUAUGACCAAAACCUCAAAACUGGGAAGAACGAAGCUUCGUGCUCCCCUACGAGCCGCCCAAGGAGGGCAGGACAGGCGAGUUCCUCUUCUCCCAAGG